UCGUAAAAACGUAGACAAAUCCAUAUUUUCAAGUAUGAAUAACAGGACGCUAUGAAAGUCGCCGUGAUUGGAGCGGGAAUUGUGGGUAUGACCUCUGCCCUCCGCAUCAUGGAAGAGGCUGCACAUGCGCGCAGACAAAUAGACCUGACCGUCAUCUCUGAGAAGUUCUGUCCGGACAACACGAGUUACGGUGCCGGGGGGAUCUGGAAACCUCCGUCUCAGGAACACAUGACUGCAGCUGAAUUGAGAUGGCUGAAGUGGUCGUUUGACUAUCUGACCUCCAUGCUGAAGACGGACUAUGCACACGAACUCGGCAUCUUCCUGCAGCCUGGUUACUACGUCUUCAUGGAACACGUACCGGAUCCUGCAUGGAAGGACAUUGUUGUUGGUUUCCGUCACCUGACAGCUUGGGAACUAAACAACCUGUUUCCUGGAUACAAACACGGCUGGUUCUACACAGCGUUCAUUUGUCAACCGAGAGACUUUCUUCCUUGGGCUCAUACAAAGUUAGCAGAGAAAGGGGUCGGAUUCGUGAGGAGAAGAGUCGGAUCACUGGAGGAAUUAGCUCCACACUACGAUGUGAUUGUGAACUGCACCGGCCUGGAAGCCCGAUCUCUUGUUCAAGACAAGGCUGUGGUUCCUGUCAGAGGACAAGUCAUGCGGGUUAAAGCUCCAUGGAUACGGUACUUUGUGGGAACGUCCGGACCACAUCCAACCAUCAAGGGUGAUCCGUACAUAUACGCCAACCUUCAUGACGUGGUGAUAGGUGGGAUAAAACAGGAGGGGGACUACCGCGUGACGAACGACCCACGUGACACUAAGACCAUAUGGGAGGGAGUUCUCGCCUUGCACCCGCAACUGAAGGGUGCAGAGGUUGUAGAGGAGUGGACUGGCUUGCGGCCCAUGCGCAAAGGAGGAAUAAGAUUGGAAAGGGAAACACUGGUAGAUUCCAAAUCUGGGCGUUCUUUUGAGCUGAACUAUGGCCAUGGAGCAAACGGGGUCACGUGGUCUCACGGCUGCGCGAGAGAGGUCGCUGAGAUCGUCAAGGUCAUCAUGACGGAGAAGGUCACAAAAUCCCGCCUCUGA